AUGUGGAAAUCUCUCCUUUUUGUCAUUGGUCCUCUGUUAAUGCCGUUCGGCUGCGGCGUUUGUUUCGUGUGUCCGGAGAUCUGCCGCUGUUCCCAGAAGAGCAUCACCUGCACGAGCGCGACGGAGAGCCUGAAGAGCAGAACGCACAGCAGACUAGUUUUGAACUACAUUUCAGUAAGAACAAUCGGUAGUCACAGUUUCGAUGGCCUGAAAGGAGUCAAAAGAAUAGAAAUCGCACAGAGCACUUCGGUGGAAACCAUCGAGACGGAAGCAUUUAACAACCUUCUGAAUAUCUCAGAGAUCUCAAUCCAAAACACACGGAGCUUGGUUCACAUCCACCGGCAGGCAUUCAACCAUCUUCCCAAACUGAGAUAUCUGAGCAUUUCCAACACGGGUAUAACCGUAUUCCCUGACCUGACCUCUAUCUUCUCCAUGGAGUCCUAUUUUAUACUGGAUAUAUGUGAUAAUCUCCACCUUCAGACAGUCCCACCAAACGCUUUCAUCGGAAUGACGAGUGAAUACACCACAAUGAAUCUCUUCAACAAUGGAUUUAGAGAAAUAGAGAGCCACGCCUUCAAUGGGACACAAAUAGAUAAACUGGUAUUGAAGAACAACAAAGAUCUGCGUGUUAUCCAUGAAGAUGCUUUCAAAAGAGCAUUUGGUCCUACUGUGCUGGAUGUCUCAGCCACAGCACUGGAGACGCUGCCCUCUCAUGGUCUGGAGGAUGUGUUGAUGCUUUUGGCUCGUUCAGCGUUCGCCUUGAAGAGGUUGCCUCCAUUGAAGGGACUAAAGAGCCUGAGAGAAGCCCACCUCACUUAUCCCAGUCACUGCUGUGCCCUUCUCAACUGGGAAUCUAACAGGGAGGGUUCUUUUAUUUUCGCAUUGGGAAAUGGAUCGUCACACUGUCCUUCGGCCAAAAGUCCUGACGACAUAAUGGUGGACGUUCCAUUUGCACCAGAUAUAGUCGGAUCAUCAGCAGAGGAGACUUUUGGAAGUGUGGACUUCCUUUACCCAGAGCUGGACUUGUGCCAGCGCAGACCUGCACUCCAGUGCAGCCCUGAGGCCGAUGCCUUCAACCCCUGUGAGGACAUCGCUGGCUUUGGGUUCUUGCGGGUCGCCAUUUGGUUCAUCAAUGUCUUGGCCAUUGCCGGCAACCUCACAGUGUUGCUUGUGUUGUUUACAAGCCGCUGCAAACUGACCGUCCCAAGAUUCCUCAUGUGCCACCUGGCCUUCGCCGACCUCUGUAUAGGCGUGUAUCUCCUCAUGAUCGCCACUGUGGACCUCAGAACUCGUGGUCACUACAGUCAGCAUGCUAUCGAGUGGCAGACCGGAGUAGGAUGUGGCAUUGCUGGGUUCCUUUCUGUCUUCGGCGGAGAGCUGUCUGUGUACACGCUAUCAACCGUUACUGUUGAGCGCUGGCAUACCAUCACUCACGCUUUGAGGCUAGAACGUCGAUUAGGGUUGAGUCACGCAUCUGGGAUAAUGGUCGCCGGAUGGCUGCUCUGUCUAGGCACGGCGCUACUCCCCUUAAUGGGCGUCAGCAGCUACAACAAAGUCAGCAUGUGUUUGCCAAUGGACAUCGAGACUCCUUUAUCCCAGGCCUACAUCAUACUCCUCCUUCUUUUUAACGUCAGCGCAUUCCUGGUGAUUUGCAGCUGCUAUAUAUGUAUUUACACUGCCGUACGCAAUCCAGAGUUCCCAGGCCGCACCGCAGACACCAGAAUCGCCAAACGCAUGGCCGUGCUCAUCUUCACCGACUUUCUGUGCAUGGCGCCCAUCUUGUUUUUUGCCAUCUCUGCCGCUUUCAAAGUGCCGCUCAUCACGGUCACCAACUCCAAGAUCCUUCUGGUGCUCUUCUACCCCAUUAACUCUUGUGCCAAUCCCUUCCUUUACGCCAUCUUCACCAGGGCGUUCCGGAAGGAUGCUUGCAUCCUGCUGAGUUCUAUGGGUUGCUGCGAGAGCAAAGCCAACUUGUACCGAAUGAAGACGUACUGCUCGGAGAAUAUCAACAGAAGCAAAAGCAGCUCUGGUUCCAACGCUAACACCAAAGCACCACGAGCCAUCAUGUGGAUGUCCACGUUUCCCCAUUUGACACCUCGAUCCCAGAUGCAAAUAGUCUAGAGAAACAG